CACACUUCAACAUAGAGCACUUUACAGACUUGUCACAGACUAUUAAACAGUGACGUGUACAAUUCAAAAUAAAAUCAAAUAAAAUAGAAGGCAAAGAAGGAUAGUGAAGGAAAAGAUUAUUUCAUUUCUGUAUUGAUAGCAUUUCAGUGGUUAUUUCUGCAUUUAGGAGUAAUAUUGUAAAUUGUGAAUCACCAAAAUGACUCCAAACAUCCAAACGUUCAUCAAUAGUUUCCAAAAUCGACUGGAAUCGCCAGUACGCCAACAUCUGAAAAAUGUUUAUGGUACUCUAAUGAUGACCUGUGGAGCUGCAUCAGCUGGAGUGUAUGUGGACAUGUACACAAGGUUCCAAGCUGGCAUACUAUCGGCAAUUGCUGGUGCAGCUCUCAUGUUGAUGCUUAUCGCUACACCUGAUAAUGGCAAGAAUACUAAAUUGAGACUUGGCUACCUUUUGGGAUUUGGUUUAACAACAGGAAUGGGAUUGGGGCCAUUAUUGGAAUAUGUCAGCAUUAUUGAUCCGGCUAUAAUUGUCACAGCUCUGUUAGGCACCACUUUGGUGUUUGUUUGUUUCUCAAUUGCUGCCAUGUUGGGUGAGCGAGGCAGCUGGCUAUUCUUGGGUGGACCUCUAAUGACAUUGAUUGCUUCCAUGUCACUUAUGACGUUGGCUAAUCUAUUCAUGCAAUCAUUCAUUCUUAGCCAGGUUCAUAUUUACCUUGGUUUGAUGGUCAUGUGUGGUUUUGUAUUGUUUGACACACAACUUAUCAUUGAGAAGCGCAGGAUGGGCAACAAGGACUUCGUACAACAUGCCUUGGAAUUGUUCAUUGAUUUUGUUGGAAUGUUCCGCAGACUCCUUAUUAUCUUAACGCAAAAAGAGGAAAAUAACCGUCGCCGUAGACGUGAUUAGGGUAAAGGCUAUACAUUUAAUAAGUCAGUUCAAUAUCAAUGACCCAGGAAAAAUUUUUAGGGUGUGGUAUUAAUGUAUAAGAAACCAAAAAUAUAUUGUUUGGAUUGUUUUAUAAAAUUACUAAAUAUUUGUUUUUAUAAAAGCAUUCAAAUGUUAAAUACCGCUAAAUAAUUAAAAUAUUCUAUCAUAAAAUAUAUAGAAAAAGAAAUUAUUUAUUGACUGCUUUUAUAAAAAAAUUAAACUACUUAUAUAUUUCAUAAUAUUUAAUUUACUUGAACUGUAUAGUGGGCAAGAAAAAGUAAAAACUUUAAAAAUCUUAGUCCCUACAUUUAUUCUUCUAUUAAUUAGUAUAGUACUCCUUUGUACAGACAUUUUGAUUAAUUUGGAUUUUACAGCAUUUGGUCGUAUUUAGUAAAUUUAUUGUAAAAUGUAAAAAAAAGACAACAAAACUGCAUACAAUCGAACAGUCUGUAACUAACUCAACACUAAUACAUGCAUUUCUUUACUUUCAAUAUGUUAUUUUAGUGUAAAAACAUUUUAUAUCAAAAGACUUGACUAAAAUUGCAAAUUUAGUAUUAUAGCAUUCACAUUAAAAAAUUAUUAUUUUGUAUAUGUUUUUGUUUUAAUACCAGGUUAUUUAAAAAACUAUGUUGUUUAAGGUGUUUGUUUUUUGUUAAAUUACAUUUUACCUCGUAAGUCUUUGUUUUCGAUUACUUGCACAGCUAUGCAAUACACAUUUCUGUCAUAUGUAACUUGCUGCACUAACAUUGCUGUGCAAUGCACAUUAAUUUGCACCAACUUCAGACCGGCGCUCGCAUGCAGACCUACAGUUCGUUUCAUGUAAGGAUGGUGCGGGAGACAGUUUGUUUCACUCCUAAAAGUUUGCCGCGAUUCACGACAAUAGUACGUAUUAUGAACGUCAUACAGGCGACGUACCUGAAAAAUACUAGCAUGAAUCAACGACAUAUCACAGUGGCACCAACAAGCGACAAAUAUUUUGCAAUAUGCAAUACUUUGGACUCUAUCGCUAUUGGUCAAUAUUUGCCAUUCUCUCCUCGAGAUAGGUUGUGGUGGUGUGUGUCAUAGAAGUGACUUGUUCAAAAUUGAUUAUUAUGAAUACUGAAUAGACCUGACAAAAUAAAGUCUAAAAAUAGACAUUGUGUAAUAUGUUGGUUAUCAGAUUCUUUCAUUUUAUUUCAAAAUCUAAUAAAUACACUUUAAGCCUAUUUGGUACGUGAACCUGUUUCUGAUAGAAAAAGUAAGUAGCCAAACUAAUAGUUCGGUCUUAUAUUGCAACACGCCACAGCUUUUGUAACCAUCUGGGAUACUUUCGUAUAAAGCGCAGCCAUUCGCCUCGUGUUCACAGCGGACUCGAAGUUUGGUGCAUACUAUAAAUAUGUCUAUUGUCAAAUAUAUAUGUGCAGAAAUAGGAAACCAGUUGUAAAAGAUUUACGUCAGCUAUAAAAAAUGUCAAUAUAUUAUUUUGUUAUCUUAAGUCGACGAAGUAAAAUGUAUUAGUAAUGUUAAAUAAAUUGGAUUACCUUGAAA